GCCCCAGGUCUCCUCUGGCAAACCUCGCGGACUGGUGCUGCCUCUCGCCGAUGUGGGAUGCACCAAGUCCAGGCAAAACCGCUGUGGGUGGAAGCUGUUGGGCCACUGGCUGUGUGACAAAUCCAGCACAGUGCCAUGCCAGCAGCUGAUCAGGUCCUGCUCCACUCGGUGACCAUGUGGCUGCUCCUGCAGAGCCUCCUCCUGGCCUCCUGCCUCCACCUGGCUGCCACCUUUCCCAAGGGCUGUUACCCCUCGGAAGAGGAGGGGCUGAAGACUUUUCGCUGCAGCAACGCUCAACUGACAGAGGUCCCCCGGGACAUCCCCAAUGACACCAACAAGCUCUACCUGGACUCCAACCGAAUCCCAUUCCUGCCCCACGAUGCCUUCCGGGAUCUCCCGCUCCUGCUGGAGCUGGAUCUGUCCCACAACUCCAUCGCCAGCGUCGAGAGCGGGGCGUUCCGGGGCCUGGCAGAGCACCUGCACUCCCUGGAUUUGUCUUCCAACAGGCUGGUGUCAAUCAGUAAAGAUGCCUUUAGCAACCUGAAGGCCAAGGUCAACCUUUCCAACAACCCCUGGCUGUGUGACUGUCGGCUGCAGGAGCUGAUCCGUGCUGUGGACCUGGUGGUCGGCUCCUCCAGCGGCAUCGUCUGCCACUCCUCGGUGCAGGAGGAGCACGUUGGCAAAGCUUUCCUGCAGGUGAUGGCUGACACAGACUUCUGCAACGUGUACAAAAAGACCACGGACAUUGCCAUGCUGGUCACCAUGUUCGGCUGGUUCGCCAUGGUGAUCUCCUACCUGGUCUACUACGUGCGGCAGAACCAGGAGGACGCCCGGCGGCACCUGGAGUAUCUCAAGUCCCUGCCCAGCAAGCAGCGGAGGUCGGAGGAGUCAUCCACCAUCAGCACCGUGGUGUGAGGCACCAGCAUCCCCCAGAGCUGGGGGUCAGCAGGAGCUGCCAUGAGCCACUGUCACCGCACAGGAACAGUCACGGGUUUGGUUUGUUCCCCAGGGCGAGGCAGCUGCCAUCGGGGGUGUUUGAUGAUGAGCACAGAAUGUCCACAGGUUGAGACCCCAAGCAUCCCCCCGGCAUGCAGCUGGUGCCCUGACCCACCUGGGCAUUCAGACUUCAUUUAAAAUUUUUUAUAGUUCCUUUGCAGCGAUCCCUUGGGGCAUUAACAAAAUGGGAGUUUUAAUCCCUCCCUGGCCUUCCCUCACUGCCCGAGGCAGGGCUGGCUGCAGGGAGGAGCGGUACGGCCACCAGUCCAGUGCUCUGCUGGGUCACCAGCCCUGGGAGGGUGACAGGCUGUGACUGCAGCCUAGUGGGACCAAAGCACAGGUGGGGAAAAAUCCCAUGGGAAAGGCAAGGUCCAGGGGUGCACUGUGCUGGGUGGUGCUGCCCCAUCUCCCCUCUCAGACCCACUGGUCCCUGCUCCUUUCACAGCACCCCUGAUCCAGGCGGGGUGAGGGGCCUGAGGGUCCCACUGGGAGAUGGGGUGGCUGAGGGGAAACCCCAGUGAGAUGAAAUGGGGAAUAAGAAGCAACAGGGAGAUGAGCUUCCCCAGGGCUGCCCAGGGCUGUGAGCGCUGCUGGAAGGAAACUGAGGGGUCCAGAAGGUGGGUCUGGCCCUAAUGGGAUGUUGCGGGGAGCAGGUUUCCCCUCGGUGCUCCCCAAGGACCAGGUGGGUUGUUGUUUGCAACACCUCCACCUGCUCUGACCCAGGAGAGCUCCCACCUCUCCUGCCAGGACUCACCAGGCUGUGACCGGUCACUGUGAUGGGAAGGGGGGAUGGAAGAGCCAUCACAGCUCCUCUGCCCUCUCUCCCCCCACUCCCGCGCUGCUGGCAGGAGCCUGAACCUCUCCUAAAAUUUCCUAAAAUCCCUUCUUGGCACUUCCAGUAUUGGGCUGCAGGUUCCUGGUGGUGUUGGCAGAGGCGAGGUGGGUGCAGGUGGAGGUCAGUGCCAGUGCACAGGGUCCAGGUGGCGACUCAGAGCAAAGGUAGAGCAGAGCCAGACUCUUCCAGCUGGGUGUCUGGUCCCCAGGAGAGCUGGUUAUGCUGGUUUUGCCCUCUCCUUUUUGUACCAACUGAAGCUAAGUUGCCUUAAUUCACCAAGAGCACUAACCAAAGCUGCUCAACAUCCCCCAUGCCAGGACAGACCUGGCACAGUGGGGACUCAUUGCUGGGACCAAGCUCAGACACGGUGCAGGCAGGGUUGGGUGCAGGCAGGGCUCAGCCCCAGCAGCUGCCAGUCCCCUCGGUGAGGUGGGCUGGGGGCUGGCGGGGGGCAGUGCCCACUCCCACCCAUCCACAAGUGCCUCCUUCCCCCCAGACCAGGGGCUUCCAACGCACAAGGGCCUCACUCAGCCCCAGCUCCCACCCAGGGGUCCCCGCACCCCCCGGCAGCUCCCCUCACCCCCCCCACAACUUGCUGCGGAGCAAAGGGGCAAGGGGGGGGGACCGGACCAAGCCACUGCCCCCGCCUGUGUCCCACGGCGGGACCCUGUGCCCAAGAUGUGUUUUG